ACUAGUCCGCCUCCUGCAUAGAAUAAAAUAAGGCCCAAAACAGAAGCCCGAGAGAGUUCUUCAUAGCUCCACAGCCUCCACUUGUUCUUGAAUUUCAGAUUACCGACAAUAUUGUAAAGAUCUCGUUUGGUUGAGUAAUUUGCUUGAAAGAAAUAUGGCGUCGUUCAAUGAAGCACCUCCCGGCAAUGUUAAAUCCGGAGAGAAGAUCUUCAAGACCAAGUGCGCUCAGUGCCACACCGUUGAGAAAGGCGCUGGCCACAAACAAGGUCCCAACUUGAGUGGCCUCUUCGGAAGGCAAUCUGGCACUACCUCUGGUUAUUCUUACUCUGCUGCCAACAAGAACAUGGCUGUGAUCUGGGAAGAGAAUACUCUUUAUGAUUAUUUGCUUAAUCCUAAGAAGAUGGAGUUCAUACUUCAUAGCUCCUCAAUGAGAUUCCUAACAUAGAAAUUUCCUCCUCUGCCUUAUCUUGCCUCCAACAUUGACCCUGUUCUGUUGUUUGAGUAGUGUUAUACAGUAACAUUUGCUCAAGUGAGGAUGAGUGUAUUCUGAUUUUACACGUGGAAGAAAUAAUGCUUACAUCAGUUUGAAAUGGAUAUUCUUGGGUGCAGUACAUUCCUGGAACUAAGAUGGUUUUCCCUGGAUUGAAGAAGCCUCAAGAGCGUGCAGAUCUAAUAGCUUAUCUCAAGGAGGCAACUGCUUGAAGCUUCUAGCUUUAAGGAAGCUAGUUAUUUUUACUGAAACAUGCUUAGAUUGGUCAUUGGUGUCAUUUGGGAAAUUUUUUUAGAGGAAAAAGAAUUAGUAACUGCGAUUCUAUUUAAUAAGUGCAUCACAGUUGUGCACUGUUCUAUUUCUCUGAGCUUUUACACCCACAAUUGCAAAUUUUGUUGCCUCUGCGGCUAUUGAUUUUUUGAACUGAUAUAGUUGGGUAUGUCUUUCAUACAUCGAUGAAUUAAUUCAUCAUAUUAUAUUUUGCUUGCUGUUUCACCACUGAUUUACGGUAUCUUGAAAAUUCUUUCUUCA